AUGUGCCAAGCCCGCCGACCUUCACUCUCGCUCAAGCGCGCGGCCUGCCGCCUCACGGCGCUGGACGACGUGCUGCUGGCGCAGAUCCUGCAGUUCGCGGCCGCGCGCGACGUGGAGGCGCUCGCCGUGGCCGCGCGAGUCGUCGCGCGAGACGUGCUGCCGCGCUUGCCGGGGCUCUGGCGCGCGCUCUUCGUGCAGCGCUGGACGACGCUCAACUUCCCGCUGGACGACGUCGCCUCUGGCCGCGCGGAGCUCGCCAUCGACCCGCGACUGCGCGCGCUCUUCGGCCCUGAGACCAGCGAGAGCCGCAUGUUCCAGCUGCUGGCGCACGCCGUCGUGCCCGUCCCGUCCUACGCGGACCUGGACCAGACCUGGAGGUACCAGGGAUACAGCGACGAUAAGCACCGGAUCCAGUCGCUGCAUGACGCCGACACGCGCCCGUCACACGUAGUGCGCUUCGCGUUCGACGGCGACGAACUGGGGGACGACCGCAGCGUCAGAGCCAAUGUGCCGUUCCCGCCGGGUUUCCACGUCGCGGUGUUCAAGCGACAACAACCUGGUAGCGACGGGAGGCCGCUGUACCAGGUUGGACUGGUGGCGAGCGGAUACUUUGAGCUCCAAAUCGUGCAUCGUGAGGGGCCGGAGAACGUGCAGCAGGAGGAGGAACUGACCUCGCUGGGACUGGUGCCGGCGAGCUUCCCGUUGGUCGGACGGCAGCCUGGGUGGAACCAAAAGUCUUUCGGCUACCACGGGGAUGACGGCCGCUUCUAUCGCCAAACGACGAGGGGUCGACUUUUUGGCCCACGCUUUGGAGUGAAUGAUACUGUGGGCUGCGGUGUGCGGCGGAAUAUGAGCACGGAGCGGUCACACGUAUUUUUCACUAGCAAUGGCGAAGAGCUUCCUCGAGCUGACGAGAGCGAGAUGGAAAAUCUGCACACGAGUUGGUAUCCGGCUGUCGGAGUGGAUUCGUACAACGAGGUGCGCGUCAACUUCGGGCAGGAGCCAUUUGCGCACGACAGCAUUGUCGAUGAGCUGUUCGCUGAGUGCGAUCCUAGCGUUGUUGCCGCGUCGGCGUUACCGUGGCACUACAUCCGGGAGUACAGCAUCGAUUGCUUGGUGUGGCGUCGCCAGCAGACAUGCGAGGCACGAGCGGGCGAUGCUGACGAGUGGAAGGAUACAAUUGCUGAUGACGACAAGUCCGCGCAGAAGGAGGAAACCUGCAUGAAGAAAUGGAUGUUCGGGAUACUGACUCGCCGACAGCAGAACCGGCUUGCAUCGAGAGAAGAGAACGCGAGUGAAGAGCGUGCCGCUGCGUAG